UUACUAUAAACAAUAGAAAAAACAUUUCAAUCAUGCCCAUCAUGCCGUAGUAAAAUGCAAAAUUUCCCGCAUUUUUCUCUCCUCGAUGUGCGCACCACCUCCAGGAAUUUCUCAUAAUUAAUUGAAAAAACUCCUCUGACAUUUUUUAAUGGCUGAAACGGUGUGAUCAGUGAUUCUGGGUGACGUGUCUCAAAUUAUUUCAAACUAAUUACCAAAAUCUCAAACAUGAAUGCCUUUAAACGUGACAAAAAGGAAGAGGAAGAUGGUGGAGGAAAUCCCUUCCAGAACUUGGAGAAAACAACAGUUCUCCAGGAAGCGCGAACCUUCAACGACACUCCAGUUCACCCCCGAAAAUGUUCUCACAUCCUGACAAAGAUCCUCUACCUGAUAAAUCAGGGCGAAGUUUUGGGAAUGACAGAGGCAACAGAGACAUUCUUCGCAAUGACAAAAUUAUUCCAAUCCCGAGAUGUUGUACUGCGUCGUCUGGUGUAUCUUGCGAUCAAGGAAUUGAGUUCUAUCGCCGAAGACGUGAUAAUAGUGACAUCAAGUCUGACCAAGGACAUGACAGGAAAGGAGGAUCUGUACCGAGCAGCGGCAAUCAGAGCUCUGUGCACGAUCACAGAUGGUGCAAUGCUGGCAGCCAUCGAGAGAUACAUGAAGCAAGCAAUCGUUGACAAGUCACCAGCUGUUUCCAGUGCAGCUCUGGUCUCCUCUCUGCACCUCUCGAGUGUCUCAGCAGAUGUGGCACGUCGGUGGGCAAAUGAGGCCCAAGAGGCAUUAAAUUCUGACAACGUUAUGGUGCAGUAUCACGCCCUGGGGGUUCUUUAUCAGGCCCGCAAGCAAGACAAGCACGCUGUCAUAAAACUCGUUGCUAAGCUCAUUAGAUACAACCCCAAGAGCCCCUACGCCGGAUGCCUGCUCAUUAGGAUGGUUUGCAAGCUCCUGGAGAACUCAAACGAGGGUGGAGAACUCCUGGAUUUCAUUGAGUGCUGCCUGCGCCACAAAUCCGAGAUGGUGGUGUACGAGGCAGCCCAUGCCCUUGUAAAUCUCAACAGGAGUGGAACAAGGGAGAUAGCUGCUGCCAUCAGCGUUCUCCAGCUCUUCUGUGGCUCUCCAAAACCAGCACUGAGGUUUGCAGCUGUGAGAACUCUCAAUAAAGUCGCUAUGACUCAUCCGGCAGCUGUCACAGGCUGCAAUCUCGACCUCGAGAACUUGAUUACUGAUCCCAACAGGUCCAUUGCCACUCUGGCCAUUACAACACUCCUCAAGACUGGAGCUGAAAGCUCAGUGGAUAGAUUGAUGAAGCAGAUUGCCACAUUCGUCUCUGAGAUUUCUGAUGAGUUUAAAGUAGUUGUAGUGCAAGCCAUUAGGGCUCUCUGUCAGAAGUUCCCGAGGAAACACGCAGUCCUAAUGAAUUUCUUGUCAGCUCUGCUGAGAGAUGAGGGAGGACUGGAAUAUAAAGCUGCAAUUGCUGAUACAAUUAUUGCAGUGAUGGAGGGUAAUGCUGAGGCGAAGGAAGCAGCUCUAGGUCAUCUUUGUGAGUUUAUUGAGGACUGCGAGCACACUUCACUCGCUGUGAGGAUUCUUCAUCUUCUGGGGCAGGAGGGACCCACCUCCAAGCAGCCCUCACGGUACAUCAGGUUUAUCUACAACAGAGUCAUCCUGGAGAGUGCAUCUGUGAGGGCAGCUGCUGUCACUGCACUGGCGAGAUUCGCUGCUGUUUGUCCAGAUCUUCUUCCCAAUGUCCUUGUGCUUCUAUCGAGAUGUCAGUUGGACUCUGACGACGAAGUGAGGGAUCGAGCUGCUUAUUACUGCACGAUUCUCCAGCAGCAACAGCAACAACAGCAGCAGGACUCGAGUUUGCUGCCACUUAUUCAGCCUCCACAGCUGUCAAUUCCGAGUUUAGAGAGAGCCCUGAAGAAUUACGUGAAGACUAACAUGGAUGAACCCUUUGAUAUAUCCCAGAUUCCCCCAGCUACUCUUGAGAAAGAGCCUGUGCCUCAGGAGAUUCAACUUUCUGUCAAGCCCACACAGCCGAGACUCACGAGGGAAGAGAGUUAUGCUGAGAAGCUCUCACAGGUUCCCCAGCUUGCUGCCAUCGUCCAAGAAUCUCCACUUUUCAAAUCCUCACCCGUGUUUGAGCUCACUGAGUCUGAGACCGAGUACAACGUCAAGUGCAUCAAACAUUCCCUUGGGGAUUACCUAAUUCUGCAAUUUGACUGCGUUAAUACGCUGUCCGAUCAGCUCCUGGAGAACGUGAGUGUAGCUGUGGAAGCACCUGAAGGAUACACUGUCAUCCAGGAAGUCGUCUGUCCUAAAUUAGCGUAUAAUGAACCCGGGGUGACGUACACUGUGCUGAUGUACCCUGAGGACCUUCAUGCUUCAAUAGCCACGGUUCCUACGACUUUGAAAUUUGUUGCCAAGGAUUGCGAUCCUGCCACUGGAAUUCCUGAGGUUGAGCAGGGAUAUCAGGAUGAGUACAUGCUGGAGGACCUUGAAAUAACUCUCGCAGAUCAGAUGAGAGGCUCAGCAACUAGAGGAAUGGACAUGGCAUCUGCCUGGGAAGCUGCAGCCACUCGUGGGUUCACCUCCAUGGAAGACACCUUUGCACUUGGCUCCAAUGUUACAACUCUCGAAGCUGCUGUGCAAAGUCUCCUUGGAUUCUUAGCACUCGAACCUCAGGAAAGAAGUGAUCGAGUCACUGCCGGUGCCACUUCUCAUGUUCUCAUGCUUCAUGGGUUCUUCAGGGGAGGCAAGGAGAUCCUGGCAAGAGCUAGACUGGCAUUAGCCAAUUCUGAAGUCACAAUGCAACUCUCGAUUCGAUCCCAGGAUCCAGAAGUUGCGUAUGUCGUUCUCGCGUCUGUCGGGUAAUUCCGGAGGAUUCCCAUCCUGAAACUGUAUAGGAAUUUAUUACUGUUAGUUAUCGUUAAAUUAAGUCAGCAUUGUUUUUUCUCUCGUGUAAUUACAGAAAGGAGAUAUAAAAAUAAAAUUAUAUAAGAAA